UCAUUUCAACACACAUCACACACUCCUCAGAAAUCAAUUCUCUCUUGUAGUCUAUUUUUUUGUUUAUUAAAUUCGAACAUAUGGAGCAUAAAAAGAUUGGUGCGGAACAUCGAGAUUCGUACGAUGAUCAACAGAAAUGGGUUCUUGAUUCUUCUUUCGACAGCAAAGGACAUGUUCCUCUCCGGGCUCGAACCGGCGCUUGGAAAGCUGCUUUCUUCAUCAUCGCAAUCGAGUUCAGCGAGAGAUUGAGUUACUAUGGGUUAGCUACGAACUUAGUGGUCUACCUAACAACAAUUCUCCACCAAGAUCUGAAGACGGCUAUAAGAAAUACAAACUACUGGGCCGGUGUCACAACUUUGAUGCCUCUUCUUGGUGGUUUUGUAGCAGAUGCUUAUCUGGGCCGUUACACCACUGUCUUGGUUGCAACCACCAUUUACCUUAUGGGUUUGGUUUUGUUAACGAUAUCUUGGUUCAUACCGGGCUUGAAACCUUGUCAUCAAGAAGUGUGCGUUGAACCUAGGAAAGCACACGAAAUAGCCUUCUUCAUUGCCAUAUACUUGAUCUCCAUAGGGACUGGAGGUCAUAAGCCUUCCCUUGAGAGCUUUGGUGCUGACCAGUUCGACGAAGGCCAUGCUGAGGAAAGAAAGAUGAAGAUGUCUUACUUCAACUGGUGGAGCGCUGGUCUAUGUGCCGGCAUUCUAAUGGCCGUGACUGUUAUUGUCUUUAUCGAAGACCGGGUUGGUUGGGGUGUUUCCAGCAUCAUACUCACUGCAGUCAUGACUAUAUCACUUCUCAUCUUCCUUGUAGGGAAACCAUUCUAUCGUUACCGGAAACCUUUGGGUAGCCCUUUGACGCCAAUGUUGCAGGUCUUUGUUGCCGCCAUUUCCAAAAGAAAGCUUCCGUAUCCCUCAGAUCCUUUUCUGCUUCACGAAGUUUCCAAGGCAGAGUUUAGUAAUGGGCGGCUUCUCUCCCACACAACACAUGUCAAAUUUCUUGACAAGGCAGCAAUAAUCGAGGACAACACUCUCCAGAAGAAACAGAGUCCAUGGAGGCUGGCAACGUUAACAAGAGUAGAGGAGACGAAGCUGAUCAUCAACAUGAUCCCCAUAUGGCUCUCCGUGCUGGUCUUUGGCAUCUGUGCUGCACAAGCUUCGACUUUUUUCAUCAAACAAGCAACCGUCACAGACAGACACAUCACACGUAAAAACAGCUUCACAAUCCCUCCAGCAUCCAUUUACUGUCUCACAGCUAUCACAUUGAUCAUGUACGUCACCGUCUAUGAUAAACUCCUUAUUCCUUUCCUAAGACGCAACACACAGAACCAAAGAGGCAUCAAUAUUCUCCAAAGGGUCGGGAUCGGUAUGUUUUUCGCUGUCAUCACAAUGAUCAUUGCAGCUCUUGUUGAGAAAAAACGACUUGACCUCCUUACCGAACAGAAUAGACCCAUGAGUGUGUUUUGGCUUGCUCCUCAGUUCAUAGUUCUUGGCGUUGCAGAGGGGUUCACACUGGUUGGACUUCAAGAGUACUUCUACGACCAAGUCCCCGAUUCAAUGAGAAGCUUAGGUAUAGCGUUUUACCUAAGCGUGCUAGGCGCAGGUAGCUUCCUUAACAAUCUACUGAUCACGGUUGUUGAUUCUCUAGCGGAUGAUUUCUCGGGCAAGCGUUGGUUCGGUAAGAACUUGAACACUAGCCGGUUGGACUGGUUCUACUGGUUGCUAGCUGGUCUAACCGCUGCUAAUAUAUGCGUCUUUAUGAUUGUGGCAAAGAGAUUUCCUUACAAAAGCGUGCAGUCAAGCCAAGUCUUAGCUGAUUCGUCCGUGUCCGUUGCCUAAAUAAUUAAUUUUCUGAAUAGUUCAAAACG